AUGCACAUGGCCCGUCUUCCAUCGUAUGGAGAGGCUAUCUCGGGAGGCCAUUGGCUCGACCUAGUUGCUCCUUACGUUGCCGUUUGCGACUACGCCAGGGCUUGUCGUGUAUCGUGCGUCUUCUACAAUCAGUUUGCUCCCCGGCUCUGGAACGACCCCCUGCAAACUUUCAGGCUCCUUGGCCUGCUGCCCCACCAGGUACGCGCUGCCACAAGACAGCUCGUUACCUCCCUGGACUUCAGGGGUUUUGUCUCCGGAUGCUCAGCUCUGAUCGAUUAUCAGGGCUUCUCAAAAACCCUCCAGCUCUUCAGAAUUCGGUUUCCAGCCAUCCGCUGCAUCGUGCUGGAUGGGCUCGUGGACUACAACCCAGCUGAACUCCUCCGGCCUCGGAAUGUAGCAGACUUCUGCCCCGACGGAUCUGUGCCCUUACCGUUGGUACUGAGUCUAGGCCACUGCAGUCUGCCAUUACCAAACAACUUCUUCCUGGAGGGUUACUGGAGGCAGUUGGUUUACCUCGAUGUGUCUGAUAUCCCGGGCUCUCUGCACGGCCUGACGAGCAAUGCGUCCAUUCAUAUUGUCUUGCCAAAUCUCAGAAUCUUAAAAGUUCGGGGACGUGAGAUGAAAGAUGAAUCGUUAAUGUCAGUUCUCCAUUCCUUUGGAGACUGCUUGUGGAGCGUCGACUUGAGCAGAAACAGCUUGACAGAUGCUGCUGUGCGGCUUUUGGCCUCCCGAUUUUUGUCCCGUCCAACUGUACAGACCGAUGCGUACUUUGCGACAGAAGGAAAAAUUUCCGUGAUUAAAGACGCCGAGGGCAAAGUUGUCCGUUCCAACUCGUUUGGAGAUUUCAUCUACAUUUCCGAGUCAUCCUGGAGCAGUGCAUUCUCCCACCCAGAACGCCAUCUUGCGGAUUCCCCGGCUUACGAUCCAAAUGCCCAGUGGCGCCUAGGAGGCCACGAAUGUCUUCGAGUUGACAAUGUGGAGGAUGCCAAGACGUCUAUGGCUGGAGGUGUCGGCAAGCCCAUCCCAGAUUGGAACGACGUGCAGGCCACCGAAAACGGCCGGGGGCCUGGUGUCCUGACACAUCUACAUCUCGGUGGCAACGCAAACUUCACAGUUAAGGGUGUCAGCCAACUCUUUCGACAGGCCAAUGGGCAUCUUAGACAUUUCGAUUGCGAAGCGCCCUCAAUCUUUACGUCUGUGAAAACCCAAACCAGGCUUUCUGGUGCUCUGGGUUGCUCCCAUCUCUUCCGCCCAGUCAUGGCCUCAAAUCUUCAGAGUCUUCGAAUCCACCACUCUUUGGUAACGCAAGCACCAACAGUGAGAGAUCCAUCUAUGAGCGCCAUGGAAUGCGUCUUGUUCGCCGAGACGGUAUUGCGUGAGCGGGCAGAGAUUGCUUUUCCGAUUGCUUUUAUUCCAGACUUGAACCCGAGGCUGCAAUCGUUGACUUUGACCUGCUUGCCCCGUAUAUCUACUGGUCCAUUGAUAGACCGGUUGAUCCGCUUCCUCCAGCUUGCUGCUGAACAAGAGAAAGCCAUACAAAGCACUGUUGAUACCAACUCCCGUCGAAGUCCUACAAUGUUGAGAGGCCUGAGGCACAUAAGACUGGAAUUCGGCGCUACACCAUCAGACAAUGAGACCAAUGGGCUUGAGGAUUUGGAUACGGGUGCCCUGCUCCGCCUAUCUAAAGAUGACUUCAGCUUCUUUGGAGAGGGAGGCUGGGAUUUAGAACGCAACCACGUGAGAGCAGAUGCCGAUGACAGACGCGCAAAGCGCAUUGCUGAACGCUCGGGCUCGCCAAUUUCCAUCAAGAUCGAGUCAGAUGAUGCUUCCCAGACAAAGCAGCCAGUCCGACUAGCCCAUUACCCACUACCUGCAACGGUGGACGUGGAUGGUACACAUGAGCACGUUCGUGCCACUGUACAGUGGGAAGACAAAGCAGUGGGAGUAUAUGUAUGGGUUGGCACUGGCAUCCUAGGCGUUGAUCACGCUGUUAAUGCUUACAUGUCCAAUUUGGCCAACCACUCGCUACAGACAGACAUCGGCCCAGCCACACCAGACCAGACGGCAGCUGGUGUUCCAUCUGGUGUGUGUGUAUUCAAUGCUGCCUGGGAUGCGAUCCUGUUUACAGAGGUGAAGAAGGACCCGCUGGGACGUGCGCCGUCACAAGAGUUACGUGAUGUCGUGCAGGCGAUCCGCCAAUUCCGCAUUGGCACCAGGGCUGCUUAUGCAGCACGCAGGCGCAUUAGAGGAUCAUCGGACGAGGGGGGAAAUUUAGCAAAAGUGCCGCUGGUCCAAGAUCACUGGUCGGGCAAUCUUGAAAUUCUGCUAGGAGGCUAA